GCAUUAGCACAGGAAGAAACUGAAAAAAAAAUUAUUCUUUCCUCUUCUACUACUCCUUCCUUCCCUUCCCUCUCUUCUCUUCUCUUCCCUUACAUCGCUUCAAGUCUCUCUCUUUCUCUCUCUCCUCUUCAUCCAUUUAAGGUUCGUUUUCCGAUUCCCAAUUUCGCUCUUCUCUUCUACUUCCUUUUAUUCUCUUUCACUGUUUCGAUAAUAAAGCUUUUUAUCAACUUCUUCUUCAUGCUGAUAACAGUGUUGCUUCUGGUGGCACUUUAGGUUUCGGACCAAUUGGUACCCUCUUAGUUCUCUUUACCUUCUUCCGUUGCGUUUCUUGCUGUUUUCUUCUUUUUCCAAUUAGUGUGCUUCCUCAAUUGGAGCUCCUCACAGAUGCAGUUAGGGUUCUUGGUGUUGCCACUGUCACUGAUUGUCAAUUCGAAAUGGUUUGGAGUGAGUCCUGUGCUGUGCGGUCUCCGAUCGUUCACAAAUUUAGGAUUCUUUUUUGUUGAUGUUCAUGAUUGCAAGCUUGUUUUCCGAAUUGGGAUUUUUUUUUGGGGGGUCGUUUUGGCGAUGAAGUGUGGAGUAUUUGGAGAAGUUUGAGCCUUUGAGUGGAUUCUGUUGUAAAUUAUGGAUUUUUUUAAUCAUUAUUAUUGAUGGGAGUUUUUGCUUAUAUGUCUGCAUUUUUCGUUGACUGGUGCAGGGCUUUCGGAUGUGUUUCUGCUAGUGAAUUGAGGAGAAAGGCUAGUUUUUUGGUCUGUUGAUUGUGCUGUAUAUGGGGGAUUAGGCUGACCAAUUGUUGUUGGUUGAGUAUGUCAUUAUUAAUACAAUCUGGUAAUUGUGUGGUACUGUAAAGCGAGUGGUUUUUGUUGUUUUAUCUUGUUGAAGAAUUUUAAACAUAGUCAGCAGACAAGAAGAACUGAAUUUUUGUUGGAUGGGUAAUAAACUUGGGAGGAGGAGACAAGUGGUAGAUGAGAAAUAUACAAGGCCACAAGGGUUGUAUAAUCAUAAAGAUGUGGAUCAUAAGAAGCUGAGGAAGCUAAUACUUGAAUCAAAGCUAGCGCCUUGCUAUCCCGGAAAUGAAGAAAGUGCCUACGAUCGUGAAGAGUGCCCAAUUUGCUUUCAGUAUUAUCCAAGUCUAAACCGAUCAAGAUGUUGUACAAAGAGCAUUUGUACAGAGUGCUUUUUGCAGAUGAAAGUUCCGAAUUCUACUCGGCCCACACAAAUAAUUGCCUUAACAGCAUAAGGUGUCCUUUCUGCAAAACAGCAAAUUAUGCUGUGGAGUAUCGUGGUGUGAAAUCAAAAGAAGAGAAGGGAUUGGAACAGAUUGAAGAGCAACGUGUUAUAGAGGCAAAAAUUAGGAUGCGGCAGCAGGAACUUCAGGAUGAUGAGGAAAGAAUGCACAAAAGACUAGAAAUGAACUCCUCAAAUGCGGAAGUGUCAAUUGCUGACGUUGAAUACAGUUCAAAUGCAGUGGCUGCAUCUUCAAUUUCUGUUGUUGAACAUGAUGAAAUUGUUUCUUCUCAAGACUCAUGUGCCACACCAAUGGUUAGACCACAUGCAGCCAGCAGGACCAAUAGAGAUGAUGAAUUUGACGUUGAUCUUGAGGACAUUAUGGUCAUGGAAGCAAUCUGGCUUUCCAUUCAGGAGAAUGGCAGGCAGAGAAAUUUAUCUUAUGCCGAUGCUACUUCUGGACAUUAUGUAGCCGAUGGUCGAUAUGCUUCAUCCGUCCUGGGUCCACCGACCGGAUCAUCCUCAUCCCCAUCUGGGGGUCUUGCUUGUGCAAUUGCAGCUCUUGCUGAGCGCCAGCAAAUGGCUGGAGAAUCACCUAUGAGCUCCACCAAUGAAAAUAUGUCAUCAUUCCACAUGCUACAGGGUUCAAGAAGGUUUUAUAACAGACUUGGUAGAGAUAUGGUUCAUUAUCCACCUACAGACAAUAUCAAUGAGGUGCCACCAGACGAUGCUGUUGUGAUGACUAGGGGUCAUGGUGAAUGGGAUACAGACCAUGGGGCACAGGUGACUGAAACAGCAGCUAGCUAUGCAAACACUCUUGCAGCAGAGGAUCGUGGUGAACUAUCUUCUUUGCCACGGUCUGAUGACAUUGAUGGAAGCCUUCAAAAUGCCACAAACCCCAUUGUUCCCGAGAGUUUUGAGGAGCAGAUGAUGCUAGCUAUGGCGGUCUCUUUGGCUGAAGCUCGAGCCAUGUCAAGUGGACAGGGUGCUUCUUGGCAGUAGUUUUUGGUCGAGGUACUGGUUUAAUCUUUCUUAAAUUGGUGAUGCUUGACUCGGCUAUUUGGCAGGCUGAGUCCAAGGUUGAGAAUUUGAGCAAAGUUCACUCGUGUGCAAUUUGUUCAAGGAUCAGGAAGUGAUUCUCUUCUCACACGAAUUUAUAUAUAUAAAUGUCAAAGGAAAACUAAUGAUUCUAGUUAGUGAAAGGUGCUGCCUGCCUAAUGCCAUUUUUUUACUUGUGUUCAAUGUCCUAUCCUUGCACCCUCAUUGGUUUUCUGUAAAUAGUUUUAGUCUUCGGUAGAUGUACUUUCAUUCUUACAGUAAUAUAUUGCAUACUUUAGACACGUACUGAAGAAGAAAGGGAAUUAAUUUUUUGUCAUUAAAUCGUUAUCCUUGAUUCUAUUCCAUGAGAUCCGAGUUAUAUAGAAGUUAUGCAUGUAGGUAGUGGCGCUCAGAAUAUCUGGGAAAUUGUGCAUAAAUUGUAUGAAUGAAUGGACCUUUUUUUGGGUCAAGAUGAAUGAAGUAACAAAAUGCACUCUUCACUGAAGUUAGUGUGUUGGGUAAAUGGCU